AUGGGUAGCACGCUACAACAACACAUCUUUCGCACCUUGUUCCUCGUGGUGGUCCUGAUUGUGGUACUGCCUUGCCCUGCUGAUGGGGGCUCGGAUGAGCUGCUGGAGGAACGAAAAGAAGCCCUAGCAACGCUUGUGCAUGGAUAUGUCUUUGGCGAAAAGAAAGUUUCCUAUGACGAUGUCUUGGAAAAGGUCAAGUUGAUUAUUGGAAAUGAUAAUCAUGAAAACGAACUUUUAUCAGUUGUCGAAGAAGCAGUCCAAGAAGCCAUGGAGGAUACUACAAUGUAUGCCGAUCAACUCAUUUUGGACAUGCUCACUACAGUCACAGAUCCCGAUUGUAUGAAACGAGAAUUUGAUGUUUCCGAUAUUAUUGAUGGAUUCAAUGCCACAGAGGCAUCCCAUGUCUUGCACAAGUGCAAAUUGUUGGUGUUGCGUAAUGUCUUUGACCAGGAAUUUUUGAAUGAAUACAAGGCCAAUUUUACGGCUUUUAUUCAAGGAUUGAGAAAUGGCAACAUUGACCUCAGUGGAACGACAACCAACAAUGAACAUUACUUUCAACACAAACUCGAUGAUGGACGAUGGGAAGUCUUAUUGCCAAAAAAUCUGGCACAUUCCAUGGUGGUGAACAAUAACCACAUCUUGAGGGUACUCAUGCAGGAUAUCAUCUUGGGACCUGACCUCAACUUGCAUUCCUUUGGGACAGCAUUGGCGGACUCAGGUGCCGGCCCUCAAGACUGGCAUACAGACAGUGACUUUCUGUUUGGUGAUGCCUUGUACCAAACGACUGGAAUCUCGCAACACCAUUUGCCAGCCUAUGCCAUUACCAUGAUGGUGCCCUUGUUGGACAUGACACCUGAACAUGGACCAACCCAAUUUAGCAUGGGAUCAUCCAAUCUUGCCGGCCUGACAGAAAAAAGGGAUAACAUUCCAUUGCGCAAUGAAUGGCUGCGCCCGUUCAUUAAUGAUCAGCCUGAUUUGGAUGUGGAAGGGGAUCUCCGGGACUAUAAAUACAUGCGGACACCCCUGAUUGGCUUUGGUGAUGUGCUUCUGUUUGACUACCAGAUCACUCAUCGUGGUGGUAAGAACAAGAGUCCGGAUCUGCGAGCCAUGCUCUAUUUGACAUAUUCACGAUUUUGGUACAAAGAUAAAGGAUUUGAAGAUGAUGAGGUUGAUAGCUACGGAGAAGAACAGUCGGACAACGAAAAGAAGCUUUACAAAAAGCUAACUGAAACGGCUCGAUUUGCAAUUCCUGACAACUUUGAAAUAGACUUGGAGACAGAUUGGAGCGAGUACAGUGAUGGAGAUGAGAACCUGGAAGCAAUGGGAUCAUUCCACAAACAGGCGGGUAGUCCUGGAGACAGCGAUGAAGAGUUGUAG